AUGCCGCAAAAUGAGGCGAUUCUCAUUACUGGCGCAGCCGGCUUCAUCGGACAAGUUCUAGCAGCAGCGCUGCUCGAAUCAUCACCGAACAUCACCUUGACUUUGACCGAUGUCAUAGAACCUCCGGUUCCUUCAUCGGUUUCGCAACAUUUAAACCGUGUCACAGCUACGAGCAGCGACCUGACUCAACCGUCUGCCGUAGCGUCUCUCCUCUCAGGCUCUUUCAAAGCGGUCUACCUCCUACAUGGUUUGAUGUCCGGUGGAGCAGAAGCCAACUUGGAGCUCGGAUGGCGGGUGAAUUGGGAUAGUCACCGAGCCAUUCUGGACCAACUGCGGAUACAUCAUCCUGGAACUGUGGUGGUAUUUCCAAGCUCGCUAGCCGUGUACGGACCAACUGCUUCCGGAGACGUCACAAAUGAAUCCACAAACCCUCUGCCGCAGUCUUCGUAUGGCGCUCAAAAGCUGAUGGUGGAAACGUAUCUGAACGACUUUUCGAGGCGCGGUCUCCUUGAUGGACGUGUUGUCCGACUUCCGACUGUCGUCGUCAGGCCCGGUGCCCCAUCUGCAGCAGCCAGCUCUUUCGCCAGUGGCAUUAUUCGGGAGCCACUGCAAGGCAAGAAGAGUGUCCUCCCCGUUUCACGCGAUCUCGAAAUGUGGGUCUGCAGCCCCAAGACUGUGGUCGCAAACCUCAUCAGGGUCAAAGAUGUACCCAAAGAGAAGUUUGGCUUGAGCAGAGUCCUCAACCUUCCCGGAAUAACUGUGACUGUUCAACAAAUGUUAGAUGCUGUGGAGAAGGUAGGAGGAAACCAGGCAGUCGGGUUGAUCGAAGAGAGUAGAGAUCCAAAAGUUGAAGCUAUUGUGGGAAGUUGGCCUGCUAGAUUUAACACAUCGAGAGCACAAGGCUUGGGCUUGGUGGCGGACCGUACGUUAGUGGAAACUGUGAAUGAAUAUGCCGAGAGCUUGCGGUAA